AUGUGUGCUCCAUUAAGUCGCUCCGUGCCAGUGCCAAAAACCUCUGCUAUAAGGGCCAAAAUAAAUCCUUAUUAUCUUAAGGCAAUGGCAGCCUAUACAAAAUUGGAACCGAAAUUACCACGCGAAGAACUACGGGCCAUUACCACCAUUGGCAUUUUAAAUGGAGCCAAACAGGCGGAACAACAAAUGGAAAAAAAUCUCAUAGAAGUGGUUAAAGAUCUUUUGCUCAACACCAAUAUGAGUGAUGAGAAUUUUGUUUUACCGAAAAUCGAAAAAAUCGAAAUUCAAUUGGAUAGAGAUCAAAAGGCUUUGGAUAUUUUAACUAAAUCAUUUGAUAUGGCCACAAAAUCAAAAGAUCCUAAAAUAUUUAGGCAGGAAAUGAUAGAUAUUUUAAAAAAUCUUAAUAAAGAUCCUCAUAGUGCAAAUGGAAAUAGUGAAAGUGAUGUGGGCAAAAGAGUGGCUCAGUUGAGGAGACAAAUUCUGAAACAAGUUGAUUUAAUGAAAAAUGUGGUGGAUGAUAAAAUCGAUUAUACGUUAGAGUAUCUGGUAGAGCAUGCCGAAGAUGAUGGUCCUUUGGCCAAGGCCAGCAAUAAAGUGUUAAAGAAGCGACAAACGGAAGCGGAGGAACCGGCACGUAUUAGACAAAUUAAAUCUUUGUUGACAGAGGAUGAUUUUCGCAACAAUUUGGUUGAAGUACCAAAAGCAGACAACGAAGAUGACUCCCUAGAAGAUGACAAUCUAUUGCUGGCAGCAGCCAAUAAUGUUAUUGAAACUAAUAGCAGCACAGCAUCAAAACAGACAACCGUCACUGUGAUGGUGAAUACCACAGACUCAACGAAAACCAAUGACAUGAAGCCAGCCAAACAGGAAGAUGGUUCACCUGAAUUGUUAGAUGAUCAACCACCGUCUGGUGGUGGUGGCCUGGUGGGCAUUAUAACCGGUUUAAGUGGAGGGGAAGGUGGCUCAGAUAUUGGUGCUUUAAUAGGUGCCCUAACGGGGGUAAUAUCUCAGAUAUUUGGGCCUAACGGUUUAGAUAUAGAAACUUUAAUUAGUUCUGCCACUGCUUUAAUAUCGGGCUUAUUAGCGGGCGACAAAAACUUUGGCACUGUUUUGGGCAUUUAUGUGGGCACAGCCUUCGAUGGUCUUUCAGGAGGAGGAGGAGCAAUCAACAAUGGCCAAUUUAUAGGCAACUUUUUGGGCACUGUGGUGGCUUCAUUGAGCGCAGAUCCCGAAGAAGAUGAUGAACCUCCCAAACCCUUGAUAUUCUUAAAAAGUCUAAUUGGCAGUUUUGUGGAGGCUAAGAAUCGUCCUCUAACUGAAGAAGAGUCCUCGGAGCGUAAAGACAAGGACACUAGCAAUAAUAAAGGCGGCUCUGAUUCUUCGGCUUUUAUUAAACAAAUUGUUUCGCAUGUUGUGGGCAGCUUAGUGAGUCUGAUAUUGAAUGCUUCUUUGGGAGCUUCGGGUGGAGCUUCACAAGCCUCCCAUUCUUUGUUUGCGGGUAGUUCGGCAGGCCAUCAUCCAGCACCGGCGGGUCUCAAAGGAUAAUAGUAGAGUUUAG